CAAGUUGUCCACUGCCAACACAGUCGAACGUUGGUCUGCAUACCGGAGAAAGGCAAAACCUUUGCUCUUGCCAGUCUGCUUGUCCCGUAGAAGAUUCACAUCGAGCGGCUCGCCGUACUGCGAAAAGAUGCAGACGAUAUCGCCCUCUGUCAGCGUAUAAGGCAAGCCGCCAAUGUAAAUAUAAGCGCUGUCUUUGUAGUCAUUGUGCCAGGACUCAGAAUCCUUGGCAGUCAGUUGAGCAUUAUUGAGCUUCUCUAUGCGAUUCAUGCGCUGCUUGCCAGGCCUCGUGCGCUAGCUGCACAGGCCCCGUUUCCGAGCUUUUCUUUGUCUCUUUGUGCAAGGAUUGACCGUUGAAAGUGUCGUCGUCGGCCUCUUUCACCUCCAUCGCAUCGCAACGACUUCCUGAAAGGUUCCAUGGCAUGGCCAAGCCCGACCUGAGUCCCAGUCAGGUCCAGCAGGAGCUGCAUGCAUGCAUCGACAACUUUGACGCACUACAUGCCUUGCUACAGCGCAUCACUCCGGCCUUCGUCGCGACAGAUGCGCCGAAAUGGCUGACUGAUGCCGUUGCUCAGCUUGCACACAGGCUUGUUGAGACGGGAAAGACACAUACACAGUGGGAGCAAGCAGUGCGCGCCAUCUUUCGCUGUUUCCAGAGUAUCUUGAGUGACCGCGAUCCAUCACCGACCAGCAGGCAGCGUAUUGUGCUGCGUAUUGCCAACAUCCUCUUCAAGCUCUACUUUCGCCUCGACCAGAUUCGGCUAUGCGAGACAAUCUCGCGCAAUGUCGUCGCCUCGGGCGUCGUCUUUACGAACUACAGCCGUGCUGAUCGUGUAGCUUAUCGGUACUACCUAGGUCGGUACCAUCUCUCACAGCAGCAGUUUCGUCGCAGUCGUGCGCACUUGGAUUGGGCAUUCAGGCACUGUAGUAUGAAGCAUGAGCAUAAUCGACGCCUUAUCUUGGUGUACCUGACGGUUGCUUCUCUGCCUCUCGGUCUAUUUCCUGGCGCUGCUUUGCUACAAGCAUGCAGUCUUGAACCAGUCUUUGGUCCUCUUGUGCGUGCUCUCAUCAAGGGAGACUAUGGUGGCUUCCACCGUCAUCUCCGAGAGCAGCAGCAAGUCUUUGAUGGCUACGGCAUCACGCUCUUCCUCGAGAGUCGCUGCGACAUGGUUCUCUACCGUUCGCUGCUGAGACGCACCGUUCUCCUGACGCUGACGGGCACUACAGCACAAAAGACGCCGCAUGUCCAGCUCGCGACGCUGCAACGCGCCAUCCAGUUUGCUACAGCAGAUGAGCUGCCCUGGGAUCUGGAUGAUACGGAGCACUUGUGCGUGAGCUUAAUCGACCUUGGCUUCGUCAAGGGAUAUGUCCAUCAUGAGCGCAAGCUGCUCGUCCUGGACAAGAAGACGCUCGGGUUCCCUCCGCUUGCUGCAGUGAGGCAGAUUGAGCUUCCUGGUGACGACGACGAGCGGCAGUUUGGGGGAUCAUAGGCAUAGACAAGAGACGACAUACCCUCUAUACUUGUAGUCAAGAUGAUUCUCAUUGUAGGCGGUCCAUCAGGCUGCGGCAAGUCAACAGUCGGCAGCUACAUUGCAGACAAGCUCUCCCUGCCCUUUGUCGA